GUCGUGCGUGUCCUUGUCCUUUGUCUACCCCAUCACAAAGCAACUGCAGCUCAAGCAGCAUGCCAGACGAAAGAGGCUCGGUAUCCUUCUUCCUCGCGAUCGGCGGGCUGGUGCUCUACGGCGUCGUGUGGGCCGUCGGGCUCAACGGAUGGCGGGUGGCGAAGACGCGGUACGGCCGCGCGUCGGCGCCGUCGCGGCUCGCGACGCUGCCCGCCACCUCGGUGCCCGGCGUGACUAUCAUCCGGCCGCUGUGCGGGCUCGACUCGAACCUGUACAACUCGCUCGAGACGGUCAUGCGGCUCGACUAUCCGCGCUACGAGGUGAUCUUUGCGUUCCAGGACGCGGGGGACGAGGCGAUCCCGGUCGUGCGACUCCUCAUCAAGAACUAUAAGCACGUUGACGCGCGCAUUGUCAUCAACCCCGCAAAGGUCGGCGUCAACCCCAAGGUCAACAACCUGAUGCAGCCGUUCCACGAGGCGCAGUACGACCUGCUGUGGGUCAUCGACUCGACGGUCGCCGUGACUGAGGGCACGCUGGGCCGCAUGGUCGACGCGUGGGUGUCCGGCGCGGGCGGCGGCACCGACGUCGAGAGCCGCGCAGCGGCAUACGCGCCGCCGACCAGAGGCCAGGUCGGGCUGGUGCACCAGGUGCCCAUCGCGGUCGUGUACCACCGCUCGUGGGGCAGCCUGAUCGAGCAGGCGUUCCUGAACGGUAACCACGCCAAGAUGUAUCUGUCCAUCAACGACGUGGCGGUCGAGUCGUGCGUCGUGGGCAAGAGCAACAUGUACUCGCGGGCCAGUAUCGCCGGGCUACGCACGCCGUCGCCCACGCUCCGCGCGUCGCCUGAUCCGCCUUCCGGGCUAGCAGGCUUCGGCCCCUUCAUGGCAGAGGACAACAUGAUCGCCAUGACGCUCUGGCGUAGCGGCCUCAAGCACGCCAUGACGCCCGACGUCGCGCUCGACUUUAUCGGCGCGCUCAGCGUGCGCCAGUACAUUGACCGCCGCGCCCGCUGGAUCAGGGUGCGCAAGGUCAUGGUGCUGCCUGCGACGCUCAUCGAGCCGUUCACAGAGUGCCUGCUCGGCAGCUUGAUGGGAUCGUGGGCGCUUAAUCGGCUGUUCAACAUCCCCCAGGCGCCCGUGUUCGUCGCGAGCGUCCUCGCGUGGUUCCUCGUCGACAACUCGGUACGCAGGAGCCUGUCUACCAACGUGCGGCAUAUCGGGCCCCAGACGAGCACCGGUACGUUCGCGCUUGCGUGGGCCGCGCGCGAGCUCCUCGCCCUCCCUGUUUGGCUGUAUGCCAUGGUCGGGUCGACCGUCAUGUGGCGCGGGCACAGAUAUCGUAUCUUGGCAAGCGGCGAGGCAAAGAGAGUCGACUAGGCGGACACGGGAGCGAGGGAGGAGGUAGAGACAGACGUCAGAGACGUCGACAGCAUAGGAGCCAGUCUCCACACAGCAUUACACACCCCAUGCAUAGGAUCACAGCAG